GAUAGCCCCCCUUUUCCUAAGUUCAACAUGGUACAUAAGCGACCUUUUGUUGAGGAGGAUGCUUCUGAGGUUUCAAACAAGCAAUCAAGACAAGCAGAAGAUUGUAGUCAGGGGGAUUUAUCUUCAGAACCUUUUUUCCCUGAAGCCCUGAUUUCUGAUUGUUCAGGUGAGGGCAGAUUCACAAACGCUAAUAUUAAUUGCGAUGAGAAGUUUGUAAAUGCUAUUGAUACUAAACACCUGGGACAAGAUGAGUACUUUGAAGCCAAUGUUCCCGGCUGCAUUGCCAUUUCUUCCCAGGGUACCUGUAGUGUUGGUGAAGAAGACUCGUGGCCAGAGGAACCACUUCACAUUGCUUCAUAUGGAGAAUUUUUUAAUCCUGAACGCCCUAUAAGAACAAUAUAUCGUUUAGAAGAUAUAUAUUCUAUACUUUUGCAAUGUCCUCCAAGGAAACCUGUUCCUGUUGGACCAAAUUACCAAGCGGAUAUUCCAGAAUGGGAGGACUUACCAGAUGCGAGAAAUACUCGUAAAGAGUCUGAUGGAUUGGAAACUGCUGCAGGUAGCUGUGGGAAUGAACUGAUGGGAGCUUGUAUUAUUCCUAUGCUCUCUUUGGAAUCUUCCGCAUAUGAUGACAAAGUUGGACGUGGCAGAACUGAUUGCAAUUGUGAGGAUAAGGAUUCUGUCAGGUGUGUCAGACAGCACAUUUUGGAAAGGAGAGAGGAACUUAGAGAAUCUCUUGGGCUCGAGAGAUAUAUGGAGCUUGGUUUCUGUGACAUGGGUGAGCAAGUGGCAGAUAAAUGGAGUGAAGAAGAGGAACAGCUAUUCCACAAAGUUGUAUUCUCUAAUCCUGCAUCCAUGGGGAUGAAUUUCUGGAAGACCCUUGCUUCUGUUUUCCCUUAUCGAACCAAAAUGGAUAUUGUUAGUUAUUACUUCAAUGUGUUUAUGCUGCGGAAGAGGUCUAUGCAGAACAGAUGUGAAUCAAUGAGUAUUGAUAGUGAUAACGAUGAGUGGCAAGAGACUGAUGAUUCUGACAACAAUGAUGUGCUGUCAGACAAAGAUGAGGACUCUGUUGUUGAGUCUUUUGAAUGUCAAGAAGAUUUCCCGCAUCAUGAGUGUCGGGAAAACGGAUUGUGUGUUUUUGAUGAGAAUGCUGCCGCGGAAACUUGUGAUAAUUACAAUAUAGAUCUUGAUAGUGCUGCAGAUGAUGUCAAAGUUUCAGAAACAUAUUCCGGAAAGUUGUUUAGCAACUGUGAUUCUAAUCCCAAGGCUCAGGUUCAUGAAAACACUCUCGGGGAUGAGCGAGGAGAGCACGAGAAACAAGAGGUCCAAGAUGAUUCGUGCACAUCUUCUGAUACAGGGGCUGCAUUGCAUUCACAAGAAACACCGGUGACUGCUAGUGAUCGGUGGCAAGGUAACAUCAAUGGGUUAAUCAAUGGUGGCAGCCAUGGAUAUGUUUCGGAACAGGGUGAUUCCAAAGCUUGGGAUUCGGGAUAUACAGCAACUUGCCAAAAGAACAAGAUUGACUUCUUUUACCCACAUGUAGUAUGAUUGUAGAGGUUUUUGGAGAAGGAUCUUGAAUCUUGAUAUAAAAGGGCACUAUAUACACACGCACACUCAUAUGUGUGUGUAUAACUUUGAGCAGUUUUGUCUGAAUUGAUUUGCAGUGAUGGUUGGGUAUUAAAAGGGCCUGCCAUCAGAGAUCUACGGUAUAGGUAAAUCAUAGGAAUUUUCAUUUUUAGAGUAUAAUUCUUAUCAAUAAAUAGAAUUCAAUUUUUACAUGUACAUAUAGUGAAUUUUAGAAUAAUGCUAAUCUUUGUCAUAAUCGUUUGGAGAGUAUUUACUGUAAUGACAGCUCUAAAUAAAUCAAUUAUAUCAUUUUUUU